AUGAUGCAGCACCCACAGAUAGUGCACGCUGAUACGACCCGAAUGGGCAAAUGGACCGAUUUUGACGGCGUCGAGGCAGACAAACUCGGCACAUGCUCAGUCACGGCAAUUGUCAACGAGGAAGGCUUUCUACUCUCAAAUACUUCCUCGGAUGGGUUUAGGGAGAUCCCUGCUGCAGAGAGGUUGUGUGCACUCUACAAUGGGAACAAAACGAUCUUCGGAAACAAGCCUGUGAAUGUGUGGAUUGUGUACGAGCAGGAAAACGCCGUCAAGGGACGGGGUAUCGGGAAGGUUAUGGAGAGAAUCCGGCCUGCUCGGGUUUUCGAACAGGUGUACAACGGGGAAUCUUUCAUGAAUCGGCCGAGUGAAGAAGGUGCGAGGUUUUGUCUGAAGUUGGUGGGUGGUACAGUCGUGGCUACUAUGCGUCGGCAGGAUGGUGGUGGGUCUCCCAUCCCGAUUUCUGGGGAUGGGACGACUGUGGUGUGUCGAUAG